GGGAAGGGGGAUCCCGGAGAGGCUGGAGCUGAGCCCCGGUGCUGCAGAAGGAGGAGAGAAGGAAAGGGGGAUCCUGGAGCUGAGCCCCAGUGUUCGGCAGAGGCUUCUGCAUGAGUGCACAGAGGGGCUCGUACUAGAGGGGCGUGGCUUACUCAUAGAGAAGGCGUGACCUCGUGCUGGGGGCGUGGCCUCACGGGGGGCGUGUCCGGGCCCCUCAGGCGCGAAGACCCCACGUGUUGCUGCCCACGCCAUGAAGUGCAUCAUCACCGGCAGCAAUGUUAAAGUCCUCGGCCGAGCUGUGCACUCGCUGUCGCGCAUCGGGGACGAACUGUACCUGGAGCCCACCGAGAGCGGGCUGUCCUUGCGCACCGUCAACUCGUCCCGCUCCGCCUUCGCCUCCUUUCUCUUCGCGCCCCUCUUCUUCCAGCUGUAUGAGGCGGGUGGCCGCCAGCCCGACAGGGAGCUCGGCCGCUGCAAGGUCCUCAUGAAGUCCUUCCUGGGGGUUUUCCGCUCACUGCCAUCGCUGGAUAAGACAGUGGGGCAGUGCCUGAUCCUGCUGCGCCCCCGCGCCAACCGCCUCGUUGUGCAGCUUCACUGCAAGCACGGUGUCACCAGGACCCACAACCUGGCCUUCCAGGAGUGCGAGCAGCUCCAGGCCCUCUUCGACACCCAGCACUAUGGCAGCAGCCUCUGUGCCCCGGCACGGGUGUUGGCGGAGGCCGUGCUCCACUUCUCUCCUGCGCAGGCGGAGGUGACACUGGGUACAGGUUCUGGGGACAGGAUCGGGCUCCGCAGCCACGUGGAGGACAUGGCGGAGCCCAGCAAGGCGAUGAUGACAGAGCUGUGGCUUGGCAGGGACGAGUUCCAGGCAGUGGCUGUGGCGCCGGGGUCCCACGUCACCUUCUGCCUCAAGGAGUUUCGCGCACUGCUGACCUUCGCCGAGGCCUCCAACCUUCCCCUCACUAUCCACUAUGACACACCCGGCAGGCCGGUGGUUGUCACCCUGGAGGACACAGUGUUGGAGGUCCACCUGGUGCUGGCCACCCUCUCGGACCUAGAGAGCAGCUCACAACCCGCCCAGACCAAUCACAUCUCCCAUCUCGCUGCCCCAUCGGAUGAUGACUUGGAAUCCUACAUGAUCGCCCUGGAAACCAGUGCCAAUGAGGGAGGGUCAGGGGUGCCCCCCAGCCCCACCUUCCCCCUGCGCACCCCACGUUCUGCCUUGAGCGAUCCCGAGGAUGAGGAUGAUGAAGCAGCUGUGCCUGGGACUCCCCCUCACAAAAAGUUUCGCUCCUUGUUUUUUGGCUCCGUGUUGACGCCGGGGGGGCCCGGCCCAGCCCCCAGCCAGGAGGUGCUGGCAGAGGACAGCGAUGGCGAGUACUGAGAGCACGGAGCAGCCAACAUCCCCGCUUUGCAAGCCCC